AUGACCACCGGCCAACCAGCCACCGCAGCCGAUCAGGCAGCUCAAAAGGAGCUUCAAUCCUCCCUCCUCCGCAUCUCGAUCAUCUGCGCCUCCUCCAUUCAAUCUCUGCGCGAACCCACCCAACCAACCAUCCUCUCCGCCGACGAACCCUCCUCACCACCAACCGCAGACAAGCUCUCCUCGCAGAUUGCCUCUGACCUCGCACAACUCCUCGCUCUUGUUCAGAAGCAUACCACUAACCUUGCACUCGCUUUGAAGCCAAGCUUGAAGUCAACGAAUACUGCUUCUUCCAACGGCAGCACCCCCAUCUCCCCUGUCUCCGGUUUGGACGCGAAAUCGCUCCAAGCCGCUCAAUCUCAAAUCGUCUCUCUCGGCUCUGACCUCCUCCCCAAGAUCGUAUUCUUGGCCAAGAAAGCAUGGAAAGAUCGCCAAGUGUUUCAACAGCGAUCCAAGGCUGACCAGACCCCAGCACAGAUUGAGGAGAGGAGGAAGCUGGAACAGAUGGCAAAAGAGAUGGGUGGACAGCUCAUGUCUGCUGAUCGACUCGGUAUUCCUCCGUCCGAGAGGGAUGACUUGGAGAAGAAGCUCAAGUAUUCUCUCGGAAACUCGUUUGCGAGGGAGAUCAGGUCAGUUGCUGAAGAUGUGAUUGGGUCUAUUGCCGAUUUGCUCCAUUCCUUGUUGGAUGAUAGGGCGAAGAAGGCUUUGCAGCAGGCUUCCGAGGCGAGGGAUCGAGCCGAUGGCAUUAACGGGGUCAGUAGCAAGCUUGGAUCUCUCUCGCUAGGUGCCAACCCAGAUCCUGCUGAGUUGCGCAAGCGUACCUUAGCAGCCAACAAUCUUGUUUGGGAGACUUGUGCGAAGUAUAUUGGCGAGAGGAACAGUGAUGGGACUCCGCGUACGAUUACUUCUGUUGCGCCGAACGGUGUGAGGACCAAGGUGCAGGUGAAGGGUCUGAGCAAGUCGAAUUUGGAAGCUUGCAAGAGGAGUUGGAGUAACAGGGUCGAGUUGAUGAGGGAUGGUUUGCACGAGUUGAAGGAGGGAACUGAGGCUGAGCAGAAUGGUACAGCUGCUGAAGAGGAUGAUGGAGAAGAAUUCUCGUUCCCUGCUGCUACGCCGCUUUCUUCGGAGCAGAAGGAUAGGUUGCGUCAGCUGUCGAAUCUGGUCAAGAUGGGCAACCUUACUCAUGGGAACAUCCUCAAAGAAAUUGCAAAGGCCGGUCCGAACAGCGGGGUCGAUCUUGAUGAAGUAGAGGAGUUGGGCAAACAGCUGGAAGAGUCGCAGGAUGAGCUGGUUGCCGCGUGCUUGUACGGUGAGACGGAUGCUGGCUUGGAGGCGAAGAUGUUUGAUCCCGACGCAGAAGACGAUCAAGACGUCGAUGGAAAGGAGGAUGAGGAGGCUGAUGCGGAUCUGACGGAGGAGCAAGCGAUUGAGAAGGCCAUCCUGCGUACUUUUGAACAGUACGUGCAAGCGGUGGUGAGCUUGUCGGCCUAUGUUACGGAUAGGGAGGAGUUGGUGGAGAAGGUGAAUGUGGCUUGUGCUACUGACGAAGAGGGUGAUUUUGCUAAGGUCUUUGGUGCAAAGUUCAAUCGGCUUAGCAAGGUUCUUUCUGAGGCGAGUGGCAACAUUACCCUCCGCACCUUGCCAGUCUCCUCCACUGCAGCCAACGCCGACCGCAAUCACGACCAAUCGACUUUCAAAGCCAAGGUUCAGCACAAGCCCAUUCCACAGGCCAACGAUGAAUUCUCAACGUCCGUCUUCAUCUCGGAACUCGAAUCUAUCGCCUCAUCCCUCGGCCCAUCCGUCAAGGUCACCGACCGAGAGAUCGCCUCCCAUCUCGACAGCGCCGAUCCCCUCAAGCCCAUGCGUCAGGGCUAUAUCCUUCCCACGUUCAAAGACGUCUGCUCUCCAGACUAUCCCUCCACCUCCGCUGAGACUGCUCCUGAUGCAGAGUCGCUCUAUAUGUGCGGUAACUCCCUUGGACCUCUCUCGCGCUUGACGAAGAAGUAUUUGGAGCAGGAAAUUGAUGCUUGGGGACGCAAAGCCGUUUUGGGUCAUUUCGAGCAUCCGUACGGAACUCCGUGGACGCAGAUGGAGAAACGGGUGGGAGAGUUGUGUGCCAAUGUAGUCGGUGCCAAGGAGAGCGAGGUGGUUGUUAUGGCUACGCUGACAGGUAAUCUGCAUUCCUUGCUGGCAACGUUCUAUAGGCCGGCGACCAAGCCGUUUGGGGUCGAUUUCAAGGGCGAUGGAGAGCAGGCGAGGAGGGAGGGGAAGAAGGUGAAGCAUAAGAUUAUUUUCGAGCAAAAGGCGUUCCCGUCGGAUCAGUAUGCGUUGGCGUCGGUGAUCGAGCUUAACGGUUUCAAUCCUGAGACUUCGUUGGUGCCGCUGGUGCCGAAGGAGGGAACCAGGACACUCGAAACAGCUGAUAUCUUAGCUACCAUCGAGAAGUGCGGUCAGGAAGGCGAAACGGCUAUCAUUCUCAUCGGCGGUAUUCAGUACUUUACCGGACAGCUUUUCGAGCUGGAGAAACUAGCGAAGAAGGCGCACGAGUACGGCGUCUUGUUCGGGGUGGACCUUGCACAUGCGUUCGCGAACGUUCCUUUGGCGUUGCAUGAUUGGGGCGUGGACUUUGCGUGUUGGUGUACGUACAAGUACGGGUCUUCUGGACCGGGUGGUAUUGCCGGGUUGUUUGUACAUGAGAAGUGGCAUCAGGCUGAUCUGAAGAGGCAGGCGGGAUGGUGGGGACAUGAAAAGGAGACGAGAUUUUCGAUGCCCGACAAGUUCGUGCCGACGAAGGGUGCGGAAGGGUGGCAGACGUCAAACCCUUCCAUGCUGGAUAUGGCCGCCUUGAAGGGGUCCCUUGAAACGCUGUUGAAGGCUGAAGAGCUGGGCGAGCGGAACGAAAAGGAUGAAGGUAGGGGAGAGGGAAAGCAUGGAAAAGGCACAAUCAUGCCGGUGUUGAGGAGGAAGAGUCUGCGUCUCACCGCGUAUCUUGAAGUUCUUUUGCUCAGUCCUGGAUUUUUCCCCGAUGGGUUUGAUAACAGGGUCGUUACUCCGAAGGAUCCGUUGCAGAGAGGUAGUCAGUUGUGUAUUCAGAUCCCAGAUCCACCGCAGGCGGCAGAAGCAGCCAGAAAGGAACAAGAAAAGCGCCAGCAGCAGGAACAAGAGGCAAAGUCGAACGGUAAAGACGUUCCACCACCUAUCGAUGGGAAGAAGCUCAUCGCUAGAGCGCACAAGAGAGCAGAGAAACAGAGAGGAUUGGUUGCGGAUAUCAGAUCGCCGGAUAUGUUGAGGUUGGCUCCCUUGGCGCAGUUCUCGACAUACGGUGAUGUUUGGAGGACGGCGGAUGUGCUUAGGCAGUCUCUGUUGGAUGAGGUCGAGGCUGAGAAGUCCGCCUAUAUCCAAGGGUAG